AAUGGAGAUGAGUUUGCGAGCGCAGUCGCGUUGACAGGUCUACUCUUUUUGUCACCACGUGGACAAGCCAGUGUACGCUUGUCUCGCUCGCGCGAUUCACAUACGCCGUUCAUCUCCUUAUAUAGUAAAUUGGAACACCAUCUGAGAGAAAUCUCUUUAUCAUGAGCAGGAUUACCCAGGAAACUUAUGACGAGGAGAUCAGAGAAUUAAUGGAGGGUCUCGGUUUGACCGAAGAGGAGGCGGUCGAAGACGCUAUCAAAUGCUUUGAAAUGAAGGGGAUAGAUUUGAGCAACAUUAUCACAGAUUUAGUUCUUGAGGACAAAUACAAACAGAUAGUAAUAUGUCUGGAGCAAUUAACGCGCGCUGUGAACGACAAAAGUUACGAACGUGUGCCCGAGACGUUGCAAGAAUUGCGAACUGAAUUGGACAAGGACAUUCGAUAUAGAGUGUUUGCGGGUAAACGUAAAUGUUACAACAUCUUGAUCGAUCUCCUGAAGGAUUGCCAGAAGAAUCACGCGAUAUUUAAAUCCGCGCUGGAAACAAUUGCCUCAUUAAUGUCCGGUUAUCCGGAUUUAUUGGAUGACGAUGGGAUUGCAUUGCAGACACAGAUUUUAGAAAAGCAUCACGAUACUGCGACAUUGCAAUGUCUGCUGCAUUGGAUACGAGAAUGCUGUAUAAAGCAUGAGAUGAACAGGCAAAAGAUCUUUGACACAAAUAUUUUCGAAAAACUAAAGAAAAUAUUGGUACGCGAGGACGUAGGUGCGCACGAGAUCAAGGAUGCAUGUUCGGUGAUCAGAGCAUUAGUCCUGGACGAUGAUAUCAGGCACGAGUAUGGAAAAGCUCACGAACACGCAACUAUCAUGGCGAAGGGUGCUCUCGAUGUUCUGACAGAACUAUUGACAAGAUUUAAGAAGGAUAUGAAGGUCGUAGGUGAUUUGAUGAUCACCUUAGCCGCAUUAAUUGUCCGAAAUGAAUUCUGCCAAGAAGUAGAGGAUGCUGGAGGCUUGAAAUUUAUUUUGGAUAUAAUGACCGAAUAUCCAGAUUCUGAAAAAUUAAAUUGGCAGGCUUUAAAGUUGCUCAAAGCGCUCGCUGGCAAUGAUAGUGUAAAAUCUCACAUUGUGACUUCCGGAUUCGCGCCUUUAAUCGUAUCCGCUAUCAGUAGAAUGAAGAGAUCAGAGAAUAUCGUGACAGCCGGAUUAGGUUGCAUAUCCGCAUUAUCUUUACGAAGCACUUCAAAUUCUGGUGUGUUUUAUGAUUGUGGCGCAGCCCAAGUGAUUGUAGAUGCUAUGAAGGCUUAUCCUAAUAAUGUAAACGUCCUAAAACAAGCCUCUUGGGCGAUUAGGAAUAUGUCAGUGCGAAACAGAUCCGAGUCCAAGGAGUUUUUAGCAUAUGGUGUUGAAGAAGUGUUGCGGGAUGCGUUACGUUUGCACGGUCCCAAGUUGGAGGACAACAUCAAAGCUGCAUUGAGAGACUUAGAACUGAAAGUAGACCUAAAGGAAAGAUGGACAGGAAAAGGUGUCAGCAUGAAAAACGAGCGUUAUUAAUAAUUGUUGUCAACACAAAAUAUUAUCGGUAACAAUAAUAUCUAAUAAUAUUAAAACUAUAUUUACUAUACAAGUACAUCGAUAAUUUGAAUUUUGUACUUUGCUUUAUCUCACCUCGCAAUGUUAUGUAAUAAUUGAUAAUAUUUUUAAUUAAUGUAAUGAGUAAGAUAUUUUUGUGCUCAAAAAAUACAAAUUUUGUAAAAUAAUCGCGACUUUCUAGAUGAUAUUUCAUAAAAAGUUAGCAUCUUAAUUUAUAUGUAUUGUUUUUGUUGAUUAGAAUUAUAUUUUUUAUUAGAACAUUUCCAGAGCAAAAUUAAAUUGUAACAUUAUCUAAUAUCAUUUGUUUUUUGUCACAAAUUAUCAUUUAUUAUACAGAAUAUAAUUAAGGAUUUGUAUAGUGCCUGAAAUUUAUAUAAUAUAUACUCCUCUAAUACACUGCCGGAAUUUAUAUUACAUAUUUUUAUUUAAUUAAUUUAUUUGUACUUUGUACAGUCAUUUUCACUCGGUUUUACUAUUAUGUAUAGAUAAUUCUAUGAGAUUAAAUCUUAAACAGAGAAUUAAAUUAUUUCCACCAUUAUUUUGACUGAAUUUUUUUCUCAAUUUACAUUAUAAUUAGAAUUUUGAAAUAAGCAGACAGGACAUUUUGUAAAUUAAAGUUAAUAAUCAAGACUGCUGAUACAAUCAUGUAUCUAAAUAAUGUGAACAUGAACAUUGCCAAACUGAAAAAAGACAUAAAUUAAUACGAAUAAAAUAUAAUGAUAUACAUAUAUUGUAUAGCUAUAUAUAUCGCGAUUGUUUUUUUUAUAAAUUAUUUUAUAUAAAGGUGAAAAAUUUUAUAUGUCUGUAACGUAUUACUAUGAGGAAUAAAAAUUCAUU